UGCCUUGUCAGUUUUUUAAUAUUUUUGUUCUUGUAAGCUGCUGCCAAAAAAGCAUCAUUUUGUUUUCAUAAAUAGCAAAUUACAAGUAUUUAUUUAAUAGUUUUCUGCUAAAAUGGCAGGUGCCACAAUGCUCGCACAGUUGAAUAAACCGUCCGAUUACGGAAUGAAGAAAGUCGAGACCGAACACGACAGGAUCAUGGAACGAGAAGCUCUCAUCCUGUCUCAAGGAGAGUUGUUAAAAAAAGAAGGUAAGGCCAAGGAAUUGGCUGCAUUAAUCAAAGAAACUCGGCCUUUUUUGUCCGAAAUCAGUAAAGCUAAAGCAGCCAAACUGGUGCGCUCUUUGGUCGAUCUAUUCCUUGACUUAGAGACAGAAACUGGCAUUGAACUCCAAUUGUGUAAGGAAUGUAUAGAAUGGGCCAAAGAAGAACGCCGAACUUUCUUAAGGCAAUCUUUGGAAGCUCGUCUGAUGGCCCUAUAUUUUGAUUCGGGCAUGUUCAAAGAAGCUUUGCAACACGGUGCUGUACUCUUGAAAGAGUUAAAAAAAUUAGAUGAUAAAAACUUGUUGGUUGAUGUGUUGUUACUAGAAAGUAAAGCUUAUCAUGCACUGAAUAACUUAUCUAAAGCUAGAGCUUCAUUAACUUCAGCUAGAACAACAGCUAAUUCGAUUUACUGUCCUCCAAAAAUGCAAGCAUCACUUGAUUUGCAAUCUGGAAUUUUACAUGCUGCUGAUGAACAGGAUUUCAAAACAGCAUACUCUUAUUUUUAUGAAGCUUUUGAAGGAUUUGAUAGUGUUGACAGCACAUCUAAAGCCUUAAAGGCUUUGAAGUAUAUGCUCUUAUCAAAAAUUAUGUUAAAUAAUGCCGAGGAUGUGCAACAGAUUGUCAGUGGAAAAUUAGCUUUAAAGUAUACCGGACUUGAUGUAGAAGCAAUGAAAAGUAUAGCUAAAGCUAGUCAUAAAAGGUCCUUGGCAGAUUUUCAAAUUGGAUUAAAUGAAUACAAAAAAGAAUUGGAAGAAGAUCCUAUUGUAAGAGCUCAUUUGGACACAUUAUAUGGAAAUAUGUUGGAACAGAAUUUAUGCCGAAUAAUUGAACCUUACUCCAGGGUUCAAGUUGAAUUUAUUGCCAAGUCUAUCAAAUUGCCAAUGCAAAGUGUUGAGCGUAAAUUGUCACAAAUGAUUUUGGACAAGAAGUUUCAUGGGAUAUUGGACCAAGGAGAAGGAAUUCUCAUAGUGUUUGAAGAAGCUGAAAUUGAUGAAACCUAUGAACUUGUUUUAGAUAAUAUAAACAGUAUGGGAAAAGUAGUAGACACAUUAUAUCAAACUGCAAAAAAAUUAACAUAAACCUUCACUAAAUUUAAAAAUUUUAAAAAAAUUCAAUAAUUAUUUUUAAAUUUAUAUGUAUUCUAUUUAAGUACCUACUGUGUUUUUCAAUUAACAAUGAAAUAAAUAAUAACAAAAACAGUA